AUGGAGAGCGCCCGCAUCAUUCGCUGGAGCUCCACCGCCCAUGGCGUUUGCUUAAAUACGGUGCGCUCCAUUUGCACCCCUGUGUGUUUCUGCAAUGCGCUCUCCUGUGAUUUGGGCGGGAUUCAAGUUGACACUCCAGACUCCGUUGGGCUCGAAUAUGAAGACCUCGAGCUAACCACGGCGGACGGAGUGCGGCUGAACUGUUUCUUCAUCGAGGCGGCUGUCCAAUCCGCUGCCCGCCAACAAAUGUUUCUCCACUACCGCUACCGCUACCAAGCCGACGGCGAUUCUUCGGCCUUCCGUCCCCCAACGACAUAUGAUGCGCCUGCCGUCGCGAACGUAAUCAUUUUCCAUGGGAAUGCGAUGAACGCCGGGGACUGUAUUCCUCAGGCGCAAGAGUUGGUUAUGCGGCGAUGCAAUGUCCUGCUCCUUUCUUAUCGAGGGUAUGGGCACUCGGGCGGGGUCCCUUCGGAAUUAGGGCUUCAGCGAGAUGCGCAGGCGGCACUGGACUACGUUACGGCCAAUUCUCGGACAUCCGCACUCCCAACCAUUCUCUUCGGGGCCUCCCUCGGCGGUGCAGUCGCGAUCGACCUUGCCUCGCGCAACCCGACAGCCAUCUCUGGGCUGAUUAUCGAGAACACUUUCUUGUCCAUCCCCCGCCUCAUCCGUCGCGUGCCAUACGUCGGCCUGAUCCUCAGCAGCAUCGUCAUGCAGCCUUGGAACUCUGCCGAGAAGCUGCCGCGCGUACCGGCGACCGUGCCGCUGCUUUUCUUGAGCGGGACAUGGGACCAGGUCGUGCCAAGGCAGCACAUGGAGGGCCUAUGGGAGAUCCGCAAGCAGGCCGCGUCUGAGCUGGACCGCUUCGAGUCGUUCCCGUACGGCCAUAAUAAUACGUCUGCUGCUCCGGGGUAUUGGGACAAGGUCGGGGGCUGGCUGCAGAGUGUUAUACAGCCGAAACCGUGA